CUUUUUUUAUUAAAAUGGUUUGCCUCUCCGGAAUUAACCGAGUGUUUCCGAAGAUGGAACUCGGGCCGAAACGUCGCCGGAGUUUGCGCGCCGCCGCCGGCCGAGUUUAAAGGGCCCGAGGGCGGAGGCGGCGCCGCGCAGCCACGGGUUAAACUUGGCCUGGAACGGCACCAGGGGGUGGCGGCGGGGGGGGCCGGAAUCAGCGGCACGGAGCAACUCCCUGGCCCGGGAGAGGAUCAUGAUGAGCGCCAAGAGCCUGUCCGGGGUCAAUGUGGUGCUGGUGAUGGCCUACGGCAGCCUGAUAUUUGUCCUCCUAUUCAUCUUUGUCAAGCGCCAGAUCAUGAGGUUUGCCAUGAAAUCGCGGAGAGGCCCUCACGUUCCUAUCGGCCACAAUGCGCCCAAGGACCUGAGAGAGGAGAUCGACCGGAGUCUCCUGAAAGUCCAGGACCUCGACUACGAGCCGCAGCUACUCGACGAGGACGAUGUGCGCUUGCUUCAGCUGCAGGACCCGACAACCCAAGGUCGCUAUAACUACUUGUACAGGAUGAAGGCCCUGGAUGCCAUCCGACACAUUGAUGUUCCAGUCAGCCAAGGCUCCGAUCACGGGAAACUUUUGACAGGGAAGAGUUUCCGCACCUUCCUGUUGGAGCUGCGAGAGGGCAACUCCCCCUACAGAGGGGUCCGCAAGAACCUCAUCGAGAAGCUGAUAGAUGGCUACGAGGCAGCGCGUUACAGGACAGCAGUCUUUGGAAAAACGGAGUAUCUGAAGUACCAGCACGCAGUGAACGAGCUGGCCUCCAUCCUUCAAGCCCGGGGAAGCCGGAGCCAAGCACAGCACCAGAAUGCAGCCAAGGACCUGACCCCCGCUCCCGAGGCUGCCUCCCCCAGCACCAUCCAGGUCACUUACCUCCCAUCCAACAAGAGCAAGAGGCCCAAGCACUUCCUGGAGCUGAAGAGCUUCAAGGACAACUACAACACAUUGGAGAGCACGCUGUGACAGCCCCGUGGGUGCCGACCAAGGUGACCCACUGCUGGAGAGGAGCAGUGAGGGGGGGGUUUGCGCCAAGCCUGUGACCUCUCUUAACCAGUGCAUCCUGAAGAUAUCCUUCCAAACACAGACUGGCAGCGAGCUCUCUGAUGCUGGGCUGCGGUACUGGUGGGGACGAGUCUGUCACUGUAUAAUAGUGCGGUACAGUACUGGUGGGGACGGGUCUGUCGCUGUAUAACACCGGGGUAUGGUACUGUUGGGACGGGUCUGUCGCUGUAUAAUACCAGGGUAUGGUACUGUCACUGUAUAACACUGCGAUACAGUACUGGCGGGGACGGUUGGUUGCUGUAUAACACCAGGGUACGGUACCAGUGGGGAUGGGUCUGUCGCUGUGUAACACUGGGGUACGGUUCUGGUGAGAAUGGGUCUGUUGCUGUAUGACACUGGGGUACGGUACCAGUGGGGACAGGUCUGUUGCUGUAUGACACUGGGGUACGGUACUGGUGGGGACGGGUCUGUUGCUGUAUGACACUGGGGUACGGUACUGGUGGGGAUGGGUCUGUUGCUGUAUGACACUGGGGUAUGGUACCAGUGGGGACAGGUCUGUUGCUGUAUAACACUGGGGUAUGAUACCGGUGGGGACUGGUCGGUUGCUGAAGCCUACUGGUGAUCUGUAGAUAGUGGCACUUGUUUUCGAAGCCCCUGCCUCUAUAAAGCUCGGAGCCUCGCCCUGGAAUUCUAGCUCUUCCCUCUCCACCACCUCCUGGAAGGCACUCCAGAAAAUUCAGCCUCUACAACUGAGUCUCUGGUCACCUUGGCUGUUAUCUUCAUGUGGUUCCAUUGGGACACUGAUGUGCUGUGAAAAUGGAAGUUACUGCUUUAACAUGGAGGUGGAUGGAACCUGGGCAAGUUUCCCCAGGUGAAGGUUACACUGCCUGUUCUGUACAGUUUGUGUUCAUUGUGGUCAGUGAGAUUCCCCCUCUCACCCCCUAACAGACCAACUCACCUGUGUUUCUUCCCACUUUAAAUAAAGUUGCCAGGUUUGAACCAGGCUGAGGAUUCGCCUGUUUUGAGUUCCCAUGCCUGGUGACGGGAUGAGGGAUGUGAGCAGGGGUCUCGGUGUGUGAAGGUGGAAGGUCAGAGCCGUAACUCCCCACUGGCACAAUCCCAUGGAACUGUAUUGCCGGGUCUAAAUCCGGAAGUCCCUCCCAUGAACGAUGAGCUGAAGGGCCUUUUUCUGUGCUGUGUGAACUCUAUCCAGCUCUGGGAGCAGCUUCACCAUGCAGACUGCAGGGGUUCAAGAAGAUCUCUCCCCCCACCACCUUGGGACAAUUGGCCUCCCCAGGGAAACCCAGAUACUGAGGAUUCACAUCCACACUCCUGCAGCAACACACAAGAUGCUGGAAGAACUCAGUGGGACAGGCAGCAACUGUGGAGGGAUAUGGACAGUCGCCGUUUCCGGUGAGACCCUUCAUCGGGACCCUCCAUGCUCUGGCACUUUCUGCCCAUGUCCCCCAACCACAUAAAGAGCUAGGGUUCAGCUCUGAAUCUGCAAGUGCUAUCCCCAGCUGAUGGGGUCUGCUCAGAUAAGUGGGGAUCUUGUCAGAUAAGCAAUGCCUCCUCAACUUCUGAAGCUGUGCUCAGAGGGAGCUGGUCACUGACACCCCUCCCUGAGCUACAAGUCAGAAUCACUGUGAUGUGCCCCCACUACAGUGAGAGGAGAACUUAAUGUUCUUUGGGUGUGAGUAUGGCUUACUCGAACUUCGGAACUCUCCUCCAAGGUCCAGUUCUUCAGGGGGUAGAUUCUGUGUUAAAAAUUGCAUUGAAAUUUGGUCAGCCUGCACUUGGAACAGUUUUGGUCUCCUCGCUGGACAAAACCUGGAGGGAAUUCACAAAGGACAAGUCCAGAACCUGUUCUUGGGAAGGAUGUGCAGGUCAGCUUCAGGAAGGUAAGGCUAUUGGAGAUCUUGAUGAAAGGGGAGAGGUAGAAAAGGUAUUUCCACUUGGAGGAGACAUCCAGUACUGGAAGCCUUCUGUAUUGUACUGGUUUAUUAUUGUUGCAUGUACCAA